UACACAAAAUCCGAUCGACUUUCAUACACCAAAAGUGUAAAACACACUUACACGAUCUGUAUUUUAAUAAUUAUUGACAUGGUUCUAUUAACAAUCAAAUCAAUCAUUUCGUUUCGACGCGUCCAGCAAUUAAAAUGAAUUUUUUCAAAAUUAUUUUUCUACUUAUUGUGAUAAUUUUGUGCGUUGCCGACGCGAAAAACCGCAAGAAAAACUCCAAAGGUAUGAUUUUGCGUCAGAAAGAAACCAAUGCGAUUAAUUUUCUCAGACUUGCGAUUAUGAGACUGGUAUAUGGGGUGGCCACGAGACUGGGUUUUGGCGAACAAAUCGCGGAGGCGUUGAAUGGGGCUUUCGUGCCUCCGGGGGUCGACGAUUACGAUUAUGAGGGCGGUGACUAUGGACUCUUGGACAGAGAUGACGAUUACGACUACUAAUUUAUUCUGUACAAAUUUUUUAAUUAAAUUACUUCUAAACAAA